AUGUCUGGACUGCUCCACCUGAAACUCAACUGCAUUGUCUUGGGCGAUGAUCCUUGCCAUAUUUUCCCAGUUAACGUUGAGCGGACGAAGACCGUUGGUGACCUCAGAAAUGUCAUCAAGGACGCGAAGAAGCCAGAGUUUGACCAUGUUGCCGCUGACCGUCUUGAGCUAUGGAAGGUCAAGAUCAACUUGAAUGAUACAAACUUCUGCAACGCGAUCAUAGAUGAAGGUGUCGAGCUGCACCCGUUAACCAAACUGUCCGAUGUGUUUGUGGAUGGAAUAGAGCGCGGAUGUAUUCAUAUUGUCGUACGACAUCCUGCCGUUGCACGACACAUUCCAGCUGUUGAUCGACGAAUCACUUAUCAAGAAGGGCGUGGUGUUACGCUGACCGUUGGUCGGCGUGUGCGAACUAGGAUAGGUCUUCUCAGCGACGGCUCGAGUGAGCCUACUGAAGCUGAGGGUGGUUCUCGGCUUGACAGAAUGUCAAGGGUUCCUCCGGUGAUCUCGGUAAGACGGCGCUCAUCGAGAUACAGGGCUAGCGGAUACGUGCUAAGUCGUAAGGGGGCGACUUAG